AGCGCCCCGCCCUCUCAGGGCUGACCAGCCCCGGAGCCAGCCGCCAGGAGGACCUAAGCCGCCGCCGCCGCUUGAGCGCGGAGCGGGGCGCGAUGUCUCACGGGGCCCGGGUGAUCCGCACCGGCGCCAGCAGCGGGGCCCCCGGCAGCUCCUCUUGCCCGCCGCCCCCGGCGCCGGAGCCCGGGCUGCUGGACGGCGGCUACGCCCGCUCCUGCUCGGCCAUGCUGAAGGUCGCCCAGAUGAUAUCACUGCUGAUUGGAUUCAUCUGUGUGAAGAAUUCAGCGUGGACAAAUUACAGUGCAUCCGUCUACUUUGAAACUGUCACCAUGUGUGACUUGAUUAUGAUUCUUGUCUUUUAUUUUGUCUACCUUUUCAGAGCAUACAGAAUGCUCACCUGUAUUAGUUGGCCACUUGCGGAACUUCUCCAUUAUUUAAUUGGUACACUCCUGCUUCUCAUUGCCUCUAUUGUGGCAACGUCAAAGAGCUAUAGUUCAGCAGGACUCGUAGCUGGAGCGACGUUUGGUUUCUUAGCUACAUUCCUUUGCGCUUUGAGCAUUUGGUUAUCCUACAAGAUCUCAUGUAUUACUCAGUCAACAGAUGCAGCUGUAUGACUGUUUGGCCACUGCAAGAUGUUUGUGCCUUUCUAAAAGGGAUAUCAAAGAAGAGGGUCCACCAUGUGCCAGGAGGAGAGAGUUGACAUUUGUGUGAUUGGAUUACAUACAGUAGAUUUGAAGAUUUACUUGAACAUCUUAUGCAAGGAGAGAAACAACCAAUGUUGGAACCAAAGAAUUUGGUGUCAGAACAGUUUGAUGGCAAAAUCUUUUUUUUCUGAACUUUAGAGAAGUGCUCUUUCUGUCUCGUAAGCUGGUCUUUGGCUCCCAGUUACAUGCAAUGAGAAUAUUCAAACCUCCUUUGGAGAGUUGUUUAAUUAGGAUCUGUAUGAUUUUAAAGAUGGAAAGAUUAAUUCUGAUUUCCUCCAUGCAUUUGCAGAAGGGAAAUUCUGCAAAUUCACCUCUGAUUAUUAAUCUUCAAGGAUAAUUCCUUUAACAAAGCAACUCUUUCACACCAGUCUGUGCCUGGGAAACCUGCCUUAAGUUCUCUUUUACUUUCUCUUUUGUUGUCACUGAUAUUUUUUACAUCUGUUCGGCCAGCAUCAAAAAAUCCUUUUUCAGGAACCAUGUCUUGGACAACUCACUGUGAAUGCUCCCUUCUAACCUCAAAUGUAAACUGAGUUUUCUAGAUGCCAAAAUAAUUAAUUCUGUUCCUACAUUUUUAAUAUACAGUCAUUCAUAACCCCCCCAAAAACUUUUCUCUGUACUGUACAAUAGGUAUGCAAGAACAUAUGCUUAGUGGUGCACUAAGUCUGUUGCUUUCCUCCUCAUAUAUAUGUAUUUGCAUAUUUCCAUUCUCCCCUCCACAGAAAUAACCCAUGGAGAGGGUAAUUGUGAGUUUCCCAGAAAUUAUUCUCUCCGGGGGAAAGAAGGGGGCGAGGAAGAGUGUGUGUGUGUGUGUGGGUGCAUGCAUGCAUUUCUCCUAGAGUAGAACCAUCUUGCUCCUCCUACAUAACCUUCAAUCUGUAUGGAUACCCCUUACCUCUGCUCUGUUAGAGCUGUUCUUUCAGGGACACUGUGUCUAGUGUGGCUGUUCCUGGAUUCCUCCUAAAGUGGGGUUUCUGAGGAGGAAGAGGGAAACAGUGCCAGUUAAUGCAACCUAAUUCUGCACUUACCUUCCUCUGUCGUCCCCCUCAUCCGUCUGUUCUCUCUCCCACCCCCACCCCAGCCCCCGCAGUUCUGGAGAUGAGCAAAUCCUGAGCUCCCCCGCCCUACCCUUUCCCUAGUCCAUCUCCACAGAGCCAGAAACUUCCAGAGCCCUUUUCAAGAAAAGGGGAAGUGUGGCAGAGCUCUCCUCUUCCUGAGUUUGUAAAUGAAAUUGUGAUUGACCUAAUUUUUACAUUUGUAUUAGAAAAUUAUUCCAGUGUAAAUCUGGCUCAUGAAACAGCCAGGGGUAAAUGUGCCUUAAAUGUUACAGAUUUUUAACAA